CCGAAACACCCGACAGAUGCAUACUUACUUUCCUACUGUUUAUUAACAUCCAAACUCUUCCCUCCUGAAAGUCUUCUGCUUUGAUUUUGGUGUUCAAAGUUUGUUUUUGUUAUUUUUGAACAUAUUUCGUACCCGUACACGUAAAAUGUGGAGUAGGACGACAAAAAAUAUCAAGAACGUUGUAAGUUAUUUCAGAACUGUAAAUUUCUCAUCUCAAGUAGUCUGUCAUCAAAAAGUAUGCAUUGUUGGAAGUGGACCUGCAGGAUUUUACACUGCUCAACAUCUUCUUAAGAAUUGCCCAACCCUUGAAAUAGAUAUGUUUGAAAAGCUACCUGUGCCUUUUGGAUUGGUCAGAUAUGGGGUAGCCCCAGAUCAUCCUGAUGUGAAAAACGUGAUAAAUACAUUCACAGCUAUUGCCAAGUCUGGUAGGCUACAGUUUGUUGGAAAUGUUACAGUUGGAAAAGAUGUUACCCUAAAUGAUUUGAGAAAUGCUUAUGAUGUAGUGGUUUUGGCUUAUGGUGCUGCACAAGACAGGUGGUUAGGCAUUUCUGGAGAAAAUUUAUGUAAUGUUGUGUCUGCAAGAAAAUUUGUGGGGUGGUAUAAUGGGUUACCUGAAGAAAGCCAUCUUAAGUUUGAUUUGGAUGCUGAAACAGCUGUUAUAAUAGGACAAGGAAAUGUUGCAUUGGAUAUUGCCAGAAUACUUCUCACUCCAAUAGAUAUGUUAAAGAAAACUGAUAUUGCUCAACAUGCUUUAGAAGCUCUUAGCCAAAGUAAAAUCAAAAAUGUUAAAAUUGUCGGAAGACGAGGACCUUUGCAGGUCGCUUUUACCAUCAAGGAAUUGAGAGAAAUGAUUAAACUUCCAGGAAAUUCCUAUCGGAUUCAUCUUGAAAAUCCGGAAUUUAUCGAUGCAUGUCUUCCUAAAACCUCUAGGCCUAGAAAAAGACUCACAGAAUUGAUGCUGCAAUCUUCCAGUAUAAAGCGAUCAGAAGAGGACUCGUCAAAGCAAUGGGAGUUAAUUUUUCAUCGAACUCCGAUAAAAAUAGUCGGAGACUCAAACGCGAAUAAAGUUAACGGAUUAGUGGUAGGCAUCAAUCACUUGACGGGAGAUGACUGGGAGAAUCCUCAAGUAGAAGAUACAGGUCUUAGAGAAACUAUACCUUGUGGAAUGAUUUUAAAAAGCAUCGGAUAUAAGAGCCUUCCCUUGUCCGAUGAACUACCUUUUGACCAUGCCAAAGGGAUUAUUCGCCAAACAGAAGGAAGAGUAGAAGGAAUGCAAGGGGUAUUCUGCAGUGGAUGGGUGGCAAGCGGACCUGUUGGAGUGAUAGCAUCAACUAUGCAAAGUGGUCAUGAUGUCGGAAAGAGAAUUAUUGAAGAUUUAAAAAAUGGAAUUGUUGGAACUGGGACAAGGAAACCAGGCCGUGAUGCUAUUUUAUCCCAACUUGAAGCAAGAAAUGUUGAACCUGUAACAUUUGUAGAAUGGGAAGCCUUGGAUAACGAAGAGCGUGAACGUGGUAAAUAUCAGAAAAAACCACGCGAAAAGAUAGUUGACGUUAGAGAAAUGAUAGAUAUUGCCAAAAAGGGACAAUCAUAAGUACUGCCUUUAUUUAAUGAAGCGUAAUUUGGACAAAUGGCUUGACUAUAAUUCAUUCUUGACUUUUGUUUCACCCUUUUCAUCGAGGCAUUUUUGUUGGCUUUUGGGCAAAACAUGCUGUCGACACAAAUAGUUCUGUAAAUCCAUAUUAUCUUGUUGGUGGUUGUACCACUCUUCUAUUCUUUCUUCAUAAUCUUCUAUUAAAGAUUCACACUACAGGAAAAAAAUUGUAAAGGUGAAUUAAUAUACAUUUACUCUAGACAUUAUGCUUGCCUGAGUUUUCAGAUGGGUAACUUCUGCUGGUGGUUUGUCCCACAUCUCAUGAGGAAUUCCUAAAUCAACUUUAACACCUUUUGCACUAUUAAAACAAUAAUUAAAUUGUAAAACAAACCCUCUCAUGUACUGAAUGCAAAUACUUACACCAAACCAUGGAGUGUUUUAAAAGUUUGGCUCAUUUCUUUUGAAAAUCUAGAUGUAUCUGUCCUUUCUUUAUGCAUUCGGUAAUCAAGAAUUCUUUCACAAAGUCCUUCAAGAGAUUCAACUAAUCUAAGCUCCCUGCAAAAGCAACAACAUUUAUACAUUUGUUUUUAAAUUUCAGCAGGAGAUUAUUUCUUACGAUUUGAUAUAUUUCUUUUUUGCCUUUUUAGCUUCAAUGCUGUAGCCUGUUUCGAUGUUUUCGUGGCUUUUACCAGUUUCCUUGAGUCUGUCUUCAAGUUCACCGGCAACUAUUUUACAAACUUCACAUGGAGUGGCAUACUUAACGUCUUCACCAAUGGCAAAACUAAUAAGAAUAUAAAAACUGACCAACCAAGAAUAUCUCAAAAAGAAAUACAUGAGUAAAACAAA